ACACAUGGCUGUCUCAGCUGUACGAGUUCCUCAGGUCUUCAACAUCUUUUGGCACAGAAAUGAAAUGACCCGAGUAUUUCUUCUGCCUCCCUCAUAUCCCCCCACACUGGACCGCUUCCUCUUCCUCUUCCUCCUCCUCCUCCUCCUCCUCCUCUCCACAGGAUGGGCAGGGACACUCACAGUAGAGACACAACCACAGAAACACCAAGACGACUGCAGACGUUGAAUCACAGGAUUACCACAAAACACUGCUGACGGUGGAGCCUGGACGCCCAGAAGGAACCACACCACAAACUGGACCAACAGGGACCCCGGAGAGGCCGGGGGCACCACACCAGUACAGGACCAGUAGUCCAGUCCAGGUCCUCAGACCAGACCAGCAGAACCAGACCAGCAGAGGACAUCGAAGCAGUUGGAUGGGCCUCCAGACGACAGCCCCAUGCCUCUGAGUCCGGCUGCUGACACCAAGCAUGAUCGCCCACGCCAACAGGCGGUUACCAAUGGCAACCAGACAGGUUCCACUGUCACUCGGGACGACGAAGGCGAGGACACGCCCCCUGGAAACAGCGUGGUUGUCCGCAUCGGAAUCCCCGACUUGCAACAGACAAAGUGUCUGCGUCUGGACCCAGAGCUGCCGGUCUGGAUCAGUAAGCAGAGAGUUCUGGUCACAUUGACGCAGUCGCUGUCUGACGUCUUGAACUAUGGCCUUUUCCAACCUGCGUUCAAUGGCCGAGCCGGAAAGUUUCUGGAUGAAGAAAGAAUCCUGAAAGAAUACCCGCUGCCCCCCAUCACCCCCAUCCCAUACCUAGAGUUCCGUUACAAGAAGCGAGUUUACACCCAAAGUUACGUGGAUGACAAACAGCUAGCCAAGCUACACACCAAGGCCAAUCUGAAGAGGUUUAUGGAACACGUGCAUCAGAAGAACGUGGAGAAGGUUUCUAGAUGGUUGGAAAAAGGCUUGGAUCCAAACUUCCAUGACUCGGAGACUGGAGAGUGUCCUCUGACUCUGGCAGUUCAGUUGGAGGACAGUUGUGAGUUGAUUAAAGUUCUUCGUAGCGGUGGAGUUCAUCUGGACUUCAGGACCAGAGACGGCAUCACGGCUCUACACCGAGCAGUGUUGUGUAGGAACGCCCCCGCCCUCACCACUCUGCUGGAUCUGGGAGCGUCUCCAGACUAUAAGGACAGCAGAGGACUGACGCCUCUCUACCACUCCGCCAUGGUGGGCGGCGCCCCCUACUGCUGUGAGCUUUUACUGCAGGACCACGCCACAAUCGGGAUAACAGAUGAGAAUGGAUGGCAAGAAAUCCACCAGGCCUGUCGUCAUGGUAACGUGCAGCAUCUGGAGCACCUGCUGUUUUACGGAGCUGACAUGAGUUCCCAGAAUGCAUCAGGAAACACUGCACUGCACCUGUGUGCUCUCUACAACCAGGACAGCUGUGCCAGAGUGCUGCUGUUCAGAGGAGCCAGCAAGGACACAAAAAACUACAACAACCAGACGGCCUUCCAGGUGGCAAUCAUUGCAGGAAACUUUGAUCUGGCAGAAAUCAUAAAGAUCCACAAAACCUCAGAUGUUGUUCCUUUCAGAGAAAGCCCCUCCUACACAAAGCGUCGUAGAAUGGGUGGAGUCAGAACACCAGGUGGGAGUGGCCUGUCAUCCCCUCGCUCUCUGAUUCGCUCAGCCAGUGAUAAUGCUCUGGAGAGUCCCGCCUCCUCCCCUGGCCCCUCCCUCCACAGCCUGGAAACACACCAUGACACACACACUCAUUCCCUAAGACGUCACACACGGAGGCUAAGUCCUAGUGGAGGUGGGGGGGGUCAUGGGGAGUCCAGUCCUCCUCCGUCUCCUCCUGCAGCUACUCAGUCGAUGAAGAGGAGGCUUUAUAGUGCCGUGCCGGGCAGGACCUUCAUCGCCACGCGCUCUCACACGCCAGGGGGGCUGGGCGAGAUCCACCUCCACCGAGGAGAACGAGUGAAAGUUCUGUCCAUAGGGGAAGGAGGCUUCUGGGAAGGCAGUGUUAAAGGAAGGACUGGCUGGUUCCCCGCUGAUUGUGUAGAAGAAGUCCAGAUGAGACAGUACGACCCACGACUGGAAACAAGAGAAGAUCGGACAAAGAGGCUGUUCAGACAUUACACUGUGGGAUCCUAUGACAACUACACUUCCUACAGUGAUUAUGUGAUAGAGGAGAAAACAGCGGUGCUUCAGAAGAGAGAGAGUGAAGGAUUCGGUUUUGUCCUGAGAGGUGCCAAAGCUGAGACACCCAUCGAAGAGUUUGCCCCCACCCCUGCUUUUCCUGCCCUGCAGUACCUGGAGUCUGUCGAUCAAGGGGGCGUGGCCUGGAGGGCGGGGCUAAGGACUGGAGACUUCCUGAUAGAGGUCAACAAUACUGAUGUGGUGAAGGUGGGUCACAGACAGGUGGUGGCGCUGAUCCGGCAGGGAGGAAGCCGGCUGCUGAUGAAAGUGGUUUCUGUGACCAGAAAAACUGACUCCAACCUCCUGAGGAAGAAAGCACCGCCUCCUCCGAAGAGAUCUCCCAGCACCUCUCUGACACUUCGCUCCAAAUCACUGACCGCUGACCUGGAAGAGAUAGAGAAACUGGAUGAAAUUCUGGCGGGAAGUCCACAGGAAGUGGUUCUGAGGCCCCGCCCACCAGACGCUGAUCUCAGAGCAGCGACCGUCAAACAGAGACCGACCAGCCGCCGAAUCACACAGGCUGAGAUUAAUUCAUUGUUUGAGCGUCAGGGUCUAGCACCCCCGACAUCUGUAGAGAAGAGCACCAUGCCUCUGCCCAGAGGAAUGUCCAGAACCAAGUCCUUUGGAACCCCUGAAGAUGACAGAAUCACCACUCUAAUUAGUGAAAACCGCUUCCCACGGAGCUCCUCUUUGACAGACAGCUUCAUUCCACCUCCCCCUCAGUCUGCACCUCCACCCCCUCCCUCCUCCCUCUACCUGCUGGAUACUGGACCCCCCCCAGCCUUUCUGCCUCCGCCUCCCCCAGCCAGAGGCGAGGGCCUUAACUGUUCCAGUUUCAAGCCGGGGGCAGAGCCGAGGCUCCAGGAGCUCUCUGAUUUGGCAACCAGGAGCCACGCCCAUGCAGAGCGGCAGAGGAAGGCGAGAUCGAUGAUCAUUCUUCAGGAUUCACCGACUCUACAACCAGAUGCCAAUGCCUCCACACACACACCAACACACACCUCCACUCUCUCUCUCCACCCCACAAGCCCUGCCCUAGGCCACUCCCCUCUGGCACGACGCCGAGGCCGACCAAUAGAAAACCCAUAUGCUAAUGUUGGUCAGCAGGCCCCACCCAGUAAACCCCAGAGAAGGAAGUCACCUCUGCUGAAACAACUUCCAGUAGAGGAGCAGGGCUCUGGGACCAAAGACCAGGACGGUGUGUCUAAAUCCGAUGUGGGGGGGUCCAUCAGCCCCAGCAGGGCGGAACUGUACCAACAGCAAGUUCUUUCUGAGCGUGCUCGGGUCCAGGGUCGACGUUCAUCCCUCUUCCUGUCUGUGGAGGGGGCGGGGUCUGAAAACCAAGCCCCGCCUCUUCUGACUCAGAGCCAUUCAAUGGAUGAUCUUGGGGAAUUGCCCCCUCCUGCUCCUGUCCUCUCCCCCUCCCCCUCUCCCCACACCUUCCUCCACCCACUGACGGGGAAACCUCUGGAUCCAUCCUCUCCACUCGCGCUGGCUCUUGCUGCACGAGAACGAGCGCUCACCGCCCGCACACCGAGUCCUGAGCCCAGAACAAAGCACGCCUCCACCAGCCCGUCCCCAGCUGCGAGUCCCGACACCAGACAUAAACGCACCCCCAUUGCCUCCCCUCAGGGCAGCCCUGAACCCCGAACCAAGCGCUCCACCCCUCAGAUGAGCCCAGAGCAACGAAGCAAACGCACCACUCCCCAAACGAGUCCUGAACUGAGACAUAAACGCAUAACCCCGCCCCUUUUCCCAGACGGACAGGUGGAGCGCCCAGAAACAGAGGGAGGAGUGACAUCACCGGCCGGCCCUUCCCCUGAGCGCUGGAGACCCACCCCAUUGCCCACAGUGAACACUGAGGGCCCAUCUGUUCUGAUUGACAGGCGCAGGAGCCUAACAGUGGGCAGUUCAGAGGAAGAAGGCGGGGCUUACACCGUGACCCUCCCGCCUGCCUUGUUAUCAUCCAGUGAUGAGGAGACAAGGGAGGAGCUUCGACGGAUCGGCCUGGUUACUCCUCCUGCUGCCUUCGCCUCCCCUCCCCCUGGUCCCACCUCCCUCAGUCUGUUGUCCCGGAGAGGAGGGGAGGGGCUUCCUGAUUCAUCUGGGAGGACAGGAGAGGAGGAGGAGCUAGGAGACGACCGCCUCCUGGAUAGCUCCUCCUCUCCCAGCUCUCUGCCUCCCUCCAUCACCCUGGUGUCCCCCCCUGUUCCCUCCUCCCCUUCCUCACCUCCUGCUCAGGCCGUUGCCUCCUCAGGCUAUAAACCCCGCCUCCGGUCUCCUAUUGGCCGAGGCCGCUCAUCACUCAGAGAUCCUCUUUUAAAGCAGUCGUCAGACAGCGAUCUCCUCCCCUCUUCCUCCUCCGCCUCCUCUCCAUCUGCCAAACAGCCGCGGUACCUGUUCCAGAGGAGGUCCAAACUGUGGGGAGGGGACGACCGAGGAGACCGAGCAGGAGAGGAAGGAGGCCGCCCUGCUGCAUUGGGAGCCCAGGGAGCAGGGUCAGUUCUGGAUCUGACUAACAGGACCAUCUCGGGACUUGAACUGACGAGUAGGGGGGGCUCAGGCUUGGACAUGGCCAAUCGUCUUCAGUUGCUGAACAAAGAUAGUCAUUCUCUGGGGGAGGAGCCCAGUCCCCUCGACCCCGGGAGGAGGUCACCUGUUGGAGGUGCAAGAUGUGUGGAGGACAGUAAGGGGAGUAAAUCGUUGUUUUCCAGUCUGGGUGAACUCCACACCAUUUCUCAGAAAGGCUUUGGAGCCAGCUUCACAGUCCGACCAGGCAGUCGCUACCCUGUCACUCGCCGAAGCCCCUCCCCUUCCCCUUCCCCCUGUUCUGAAAGACCUAUAGGGCUAGGCUCCUCCCCCUCCCCUUGCCCUGAUAGGCCAGAUCUAGGCCAUGGGCGUAGCCUCACCAUCCUUAAAUCUUCUAGUCUCAGUCUACCAUCCGAGCCAAAGGAGGUUCGCUUCGUAAUGCGAAGCGCCAGUGCUCGAGCCCGCUCCCGCUCUCCCUCCCCCUCCCCCCACGCCUCCCCCUGCCCCUCCCCAGUGCUGGGGGGCCCACUGAUGGCCCUGCGGCCCUGGAGGCAGCGGCCCCUCAACCUGUGGAAUAAGUAUGAUGUUGGGGACUGGCUGGAGAGCGUGGGGCUGGCUGAGCACCGUCAGCGCUUUCAAGAACACGAGAUUGAAGGUUCCCACCUCCCUGCCCUCACCAAGGAGGAUUACGCUGAGCUGGGCGUCACCAGACUGGGACACCGCAUCAACAUUGAACGGGCUCUAAGACAGCUGCUGGAGAGCUCCACUUGACCCUUCACCCUGACCUUAUCAGCCCUGACAUCUAGUCAGAAGCUCAGGUCGGCCAUCUUGACUGGAACCUCUGAUGCAAUAGAAUCACCACAUUUUUGAUUUUGUCCCUUCCAUCAAGUGGAGCCCAAUUUCCUGUAAGGGACCUCAAUCUCAUUUUGACGAUGUUGUGCACCAACAAAAUUAGGAGCAGUUUGACUGCUGUGUGUUCAGUGCAUAUGGCUAAUGCUAAACUAACUCUCCCCAAUGCUCAUUGUGUAUUGUAAGCUUCUCUUUAGAAUAUGAUGGAUAAACAAUAUAACAACAACAACAACAACGAUAAUGAUGAUGAUGAUGAUGAUAAUCAUAGUAAUAAUAUAUAGUAGACCACAGCAACCAAAUUAUACAGAAACAGUGCAGUGAUUUAGCCAGUAUGGGGCAGAUUGACUUGUAUUUGACUUAUCGCAAAAUCAAAUUCUCCUAAAUUAAUUCACAAGAAUACAAUUGGCAAAAGCAUAUGAUGCUACGAAGCCCACUGAAACAUUUAUAUUUUUCUAAUCCAUCCGCUUAAUUCAAAAUGAUCACUGCAUGAGGUUUACAGUGUAGUCUCAUGGCUCACGCAGGAUGCAAAGCGGUCCGGUUGUUUCCAUGAUGACAGCAUCCAGCUGACAACUAGUGAAGCUUCAGCCCACAUAAUGUACGAUGAAAGGAACAAAAACUCAAGUGAAUAGCAUAUUCACUUUUUACAAUAUUGAAAAUCAGUUUGUCAGAUUAAGAAGAGAACUAUUUCAGCUAAGGACGGCACGGCAGCGCAGUGGUUAGCACAGUCGCCUCACAGCAGGAAGGCCCUGGGUUCGAGCCCCGGGGUAGUCCAACCUUGGGGGUCGUCCCGGGUCGUCCUCUGUGUGGAGUUUGCAUGUUCUCCCCGUGUCUGUGUGGGUUUCCUCCGGGGGCGCCGGUUUCCUCCCACAGUCCAAAGACAUGUAGGUCAGGUGACUCAGCUGUACUAAAUUGUCCCUAGGUGUGUGUGUGUGUGUGUGUGUGUGUGUGUGUGUGUGGGCCCCGUGAUGGGCUGGCGGCCUGUCCAGGAUGCUCCCCGCCUGCCACCCAGUGGCUGCUGGGAUAGGCUCCAGCAUCCCCGAGACCCUGAGAGCAGGAUAAGUGGUUUGGAUGAUGGAUGGAUGGAUAUUUCAGCUAAAGUCCCAACUAUUCUCGGUUAACAUGCAGUGGUGCUGCCACCUAGUGGGAAAAACGUAAACCACACCUUCAGAUGUUUAUUAUCAAAGGACCUUGACUACUGAAUUGUUACAGUAAUGAAAAACAUUGGAAAUUAAACUGAAAAAUAAUCAUUUCAAAUGAAGGAUUAACAGCUGUCCAGCUGAAGUUCCCCUAGAUCCAGUGUUGUACUGGGUCUUCAUAUAAACCUGUAAUACUUCUUAUUGCAUAAUGUAAUAUGAAACCUACUGUAUCAGAUAACAUGACCCAGUGUGUUGUAAGAUUUACUCAUCUGAAAAAGUUCUUCUGUAGCUGAAAUCUGUGUCUCGUCGCACACAGAAUCGUGCCUAAAACCACCAACUUGCACUUUGCUGAGCUCAGCCGGCUCCGGCGGGGCUGAGGCCCGACCGGCCCCUUUAUAUUCCAACCAACACAAGCUGCACACACACACACACACACACACACACACACACACACACACACACGAGGCUGUUAGCAUAGCGUUAGCAUUGUUUUGUAAACCAAAUACGUACUGGAUACACAGAGGUCAAAGUGCUGGCAGUUUAACGAGAGCCCUAGUCUGUGCUGUUGCUCUUCUCUCAGCACAGAAACCAGUUUGUCUUUACUUUCCUCUCACUCUAGAGCUGAUUCCUGUAGGAUCUGUGUUCAUUUUCACUUUACAAUAUGUCAAGCUGAUGAUUUAUAGAGGACACGUUUGUAUUCGUGUGCCAAUGAAAAUGAGUUCGUAUUAGCCUGGUGGUGAUUUUCAGCUCUGUAUGAUUUGAUAACGAGUUGAGUUUCCAGACGGUUGGGUGAUGUUGUGGAAAUGCUAAUGAUUUGUUAAUGAUUUGUUAAUGAUUUGUUAAUGAUUUGUUAAGGAUUUUGAUGUGGUGAUGAUGUGCUGUGUGUGUUUCAGGGAGAGCUGCUAACAUGCUCCGGUUUCUUACCUGCAUACUGAGGGCUGACUGUGGAUGGUGCUAUCUCUUUAAAGCCAUCUGUACAGAAAUAUGUCUUAAUCUUUACCCUUAUCUCUAUGAUUAUAACUUCUCUGCAAUGAAACCCUUAAACCAUAAAGUUCACCUUGAACCUGAACUCCGGUGUCACGUAUGCCCCCUUUACCCAAAACCCUUUGCUUGAACUCCACCAAACCCACUUUACACAAAAAUCCUUAAAACUUAAGUUUCACGUUUUUCACUUGAUUUCAAUAUUGUAUAUUAAGUGCAUGACUCGACCUCAACCUCCGGACUGUACCUACAGCUGUCCAGGUCCAGGUCCAGGUCCAGGCCCAUGUCCAGGUCCAGGUGACGCCGCCCUUCCAAAAACGGCCCAUAUGUGGAAUUUCCUCCUCGCCAUAUAGGGGCUUUGCUCCUUGCCAAAUAUGGAGGUACUUCACACCUUAUAUGGAGCUUCCGGCCCUAGAAUAUGCGCGUGAACGCCCCAUGUGGCUGCUGAUAUGCGCGCCUACGUCAGCACACAGACGGCUAUCCAGAAGAUUGUAGGUAUAAAUAAAUAGAGUAGUAAAUAAAAUAUUAUUUACAAUUUACAAUAGUUUAGUAAGCGACAGAACGGAAAGGAGACUAGAAGCGCUCCCGGUAAUGGUUUGAUCGGAGCUAAGCUUUGUGGGAAGGGAGUUGUGUUUGUUCCUCUGUUUGCUUUGGCCACACAAAUCCCGGAAACGCAGCAGGGGCCCGUUGCCGGUGCGACACGCGUUGUUCCGGGUGACGACAUCAAGCUGCGACCCUCUGGAGUUAAGAUGGCUGCCGCCCGAGGUUUAAUAACGAAGCGCGGCAGGACUUUCAAGGUUUACCACCUCGGUGGGGGGAAACAUGCAGACCUGCCGCUCCCGGAAUGCCCAGAAAAGUGCACAUAUUUGCAUUAAAAUGAGUUUUAGAUCAACUGCGCUCAAAAAAGUUACGGUAAAAUCUACCUAAAACGACCGUGAGCGGUCAGAAUGACCGCGCGUCAUUUGCGUGCUGUGCGUUGCUGUGUGCUAGCGACACACUAGCGCCCUCCAGUGCAGACAAAUAGUCUGCACUGGAUGUGUGACUGUGUGCGCCAUGUGUGGGUACAGACGCACCAUACUACCACCGAGGCGCUGCAGCAGUCCCAGGCGGUGGACAGCCGCCAUUUUACAUUGUUUAAAAUAGUAUUAAAGUUGUUA